AUGUUGAUAAAUAUUCUGCCAUUAAUAGCCGUUUGUCAAAGAAAUGUGAAGAAUCCAAGACCCGACGCCGCUGCUUCAUACAUGAACAACGUAGGCAAACAAUACGAGUACCCCAUGUACUUAUCAGAAGUACCCGAAAAAGAACUGUUCGAUAUUAUAAACAUCAACGUAUGUGCCGUAACUAUGAUGUGUCGUACGUUUAUCGAAGAUAUGAAAACAAGAGGUCGAGGAGCUAUAGUGAAUGUGUCUUCUGGAUCUGAACUGCAACCAUUGCCAUUAAUGACGGUAUACGCAGCAACCAAAGCAUACAUUAAAAGCUUCACAGCAGCUCUAAGAUAUGAAUAUAGUCAAUCGGGUAUUACGAUCCAACACUUAGCACCAUUUUUUGUUGACACUAAAAUGAACGCGUUUAGCAAGAAACUCCAGAGGAAUAACUUUUUUAUACCUGAUGCGGAAGAAUACGCCAGGUAUGCUGUAAUGACGUUAGGAAAAAUGGACGAGUCGUCUGGAUAUUGGACACAUGGAAUACAGGAAGGUGGAAAACAGGAAGGACAAGGAGGACAAGCCGCUGGUUUACAUGGUCUUGAGCAUGGUGGCAAAGCUGGAGGUGGACAUGGCGGACAUGCUGGAGGUUUACAAGGUCUUGCGCAUGGUGGUAAAGCAGGAGGUGGACAAGGUGAACAGGCUGGUGGUUUACAAGGUCUUGCGCAUGGUGGUAAAGCAGGAGGUGGACAAGGAGAACAAGCAGGUGGCUUGCAUGGUUUAGCACACGGUGGUAAAGCCGCAGGAGGACAAGGAGGACAUGAUGGAGGCUUACAUGGUCGUGCACAAGGUGGUAGUGCAGGUGGAGGACAAGGAGCACAACAUGGUGGUUUACACGGUUUUGCACAAGGAGGUAAUGCAGGGGGCGGACAUGGGGGGCAACAUGGCGGUUUACAUGGAUUCGCACACGGCGGUAAAGCAGGGGGAGGACAUGGAGGGCAACAUGGAGGUUUACAUGGGUUUGCACAUGGUGGUAGAGCAGGUGGAGGACAUGGUGGGCAUGCUGGAGGUUUACAUGGUUUUGCACAUGGUGGUAAUGCUGAAGGAGGACAAGGGGGGCAACAUGGUGGUUUACAUGGUCUUGCACACGGUGGUAAUGCUGGAGGUGGACAUGGAACACAACAUGGUAAUGGACAAGGCAUUGGUCCUAUAACUUCUAAAGGUACUCCUGCACAUGAACAACAUAUAGGUGAAACAGGGGUUGUGCAUGAAACAAUAUAG